AUGCCACCACACAACAUUGGUUUCAAAUCUCUGCUCCAAGAGAUCCCAGAGGUGGAAUUCAAGAGAACUCAGAAUACUCCUCAUCUCACGGGUGGAUUUUGUGAUGUCUGGAAAUGCAUCUGGUCCACCUCUUCUAGUGAUCAGCCUCUUACAGUUGCAAUAAAGUUGGUGAGGGUCGCUGACUCCGAAGAGAAGAUAUCGGUGGAAAAGACUGCAUGGGUUAUACGACGUGAGGCCCAUGUCUGGGCCAACUUGGAAGACGACCAUGUCCUCUCGCUUCACGGAAUCACAACUGGUUUCGGAGUCUUACCAGCAUUUGUUUCAUCAUGGAUGACAAAUGGGUCUCUCGAAAGCUACCUGAAAAAGGACCCCAAACCUACCACCCUUGGCACCACUUGGAAAAGGUACCGAAGGCCUUUCAGGGGAGGCCUCCCCUUAGAUCCUGUUCAGGACUCCACAGAACCUCCAGCGAGGAGGAGCCAAGAGGAUGUCAGAUUGUUUUCCCGCUCCUCCUUGCACCUCGUGAGCCAAAUUAGUUUACUGCUCCUCCUCACACCUCGUGAGCCAAAGUUUGCACUGCCCUCGCUCAUUCACAACAAUCCUCACGAGCCCUUUGUUCAAAAUCAUUUCAGGUGCAUUAAUGGUUUUCUCAACCUCGUGAGCAGCUGGACUCCUUGGGGCAGACGUGCUUCUCAACGACUCGUAUCUAUUGAGAUCGAGAUGCUCAACCUUGCAAGGAGCUGGAGCUCGGGGCAGACAUGUUUCCCGUUCCUUGCGAGCCGUUUUUAA